UGUACCCGAGUCCUAGAUUCUCAGCAUGUCGGAGACUGCUCCCGCUGCUCCCGCUGCCGCGCCCCCUGCGGAGAAGACCCCGGUCAAGAAGAAGACCGCCAAGAAGCCGACCGGGGCGCGCAGGAAGGCGUCCGGACCCCCGGUGUCCGAGCUCAUCACCAAGGCUGUUGCCGCUUCCAAAGAGCGCAGCGGUGUGUCCCUGGCUGCGCUCAAGAAGGCGCUGGCCGCCGCUGGCUACGAUGUGGAGAAGAACAACAGCCGCAUCAAGCUGGGUCUCAAGAGCCUGGUGAGCAAGGGCACCCUGGUGCAGACCAAGGGCACUGGCGCCUCGGGUUCUUUCAAGCUCAACAAGAAAGCGGCUACUGGGGAAGCCAAGCCCAAGCCUAAAAAGGCGGGUGCGGUCAAGCCCAAGAAGGCUGCGGGGGCAGCUAAGAAGCCCAAGAAAGCGACGGGUGCGGCAACCCCGAAAAAAACCGCUAAGAAGACCCCGAAGAAGGCGAAGAAGCCGGCGGCAGCUGCUGUGACCAAGAAAGUGGCCAAGAGUCCAAAGAAAGCUAAGGCUGCCAAGCCCAAGAAGGCCGCCAAGAGCGCAGCUAAGGCGGUGAAGCCCAAGGCCGCCAAGCCGAAAGUUGCGAAGCCCAAGAAGGCUGCACCCAAAAAGAACAUAAGGUUGGACACAGUUGCGGCUGCUGACACUAUCUUAAAAGGGGCAGUGAGAAGGGAUGGGGGAGACAAGGCAUGGAAGGUUGCAGAGUCUAGAAAUCCUGGUGGGUUGUCCCUUGCCCUGCGGUGCUUUUGAUUAGCCUUAUGAUCAGAGAUAUGCAAGCGCUUUCCGGAGGCUUGCGUACUAGGGAUAUCCGCGAGCCCCGCCCCACUCCGCUCCGCUCCUGUGAAAGGCAAAAACAACCCCAAGCAAAACCCAGCCAGUUUUCUUAGUCUUGAGGGAUAUUCCGAUUGGACUAAGAACUCAUUCAAAAGUCCCGCCCUGCUUGCGGGUUGGCUCACUUCUCCAGCCUGUGAUUUUCACCCAGCAUUUAAUUGGGUGGUGACCGGCCUCCACCCUUAGUCUCUUACGUUUGUUUUCUUUCUGUUGGGAUACCCCAUUCGCUGGAUUGAGAAAUGUUUCUGGUAUUUCGGACAUUUUCCGUGUUUUUGAAAGUCAAGUCAGUGUCUCCUGGGGGCGUUGGUAUCCAACCUGGGAGGAGGGUGGGUGCAGGCGUCCUUGCCGCUCAUUCUUCUGUUAAUUCCUGUUUGCCGUGGCAGCGAAGGAACAUUUGAAAACCUGCUACAAAAAAAAAAAAAAAAAAAAAAGGAAAAAAAAAAGAAAAAACCUGCUACAGCGGCGGCAAUGAUUCUUCCUCCCACGGCAAGGCUGGAGCAGAGAUCUUUCUGUUCCUAAGUAUCGUGUAGCUUUCAACAAAUGUGUGUGGAUUUGAGCGCAUCAAAAACAACUUUUAGUCGGCCAUUUUGUCCUUGGCCGGCCAGUCAAGGAUCCUCAUUUUAGGUAGACUUUAACAUCAAAAAAUCGAAGAUGCUUUAUACACAUUUUUGUGCAAUCCAAAUGUUUCUACGCAUAGGAAAAAAAAAUAUAUUGGUAAAGGUUGGGAAAUGUGUGUUUAUGGGGGGGGUGAUGUCUAAUAAAGA